AUGUAUGACUCGGUCAAGGGGAGGGGCAUGAAACCUCGACUAAGCAAUCAAGGCAUGCAUCCAGGCGUUGCAGAAUCAAUAAUCCAGCAUGACGUCCCUGGUCGCGCUGUACCAAGGCGCCUGACUCCGUGGCUUCCACGCUAUUCUGAAGGUGAAACGAGGCUUGUUACAAUACAAUCGAUCCCGUUGCAGGGAUACGGACUCAAGGAGGAAAUCGUAGAACUCAGAGGUCUCAUCCAUCAGAGGGCUAUACUGCGUAGGUCAGGCAUGGCGGGGGAAUGGUGGGGUGAAAUGCCACCCAUAGAUGUGAUAAAAUGCCUCUCAUGA